UCACUAUCUGUUUCUUGGUAGUAAUCUUCGUAGUUGCAAAUGGUAACAGCAUUUCAUUUUGGGUUUUGUACAAUGUACUUAUUUUUCUCGAACACACAGGAGAACUGCACAUUAUUAUAUUAAUAAGAAAUAUAAAAGGCCCAGACAGGCCAGCACAAGUCAUCUAAGACGGCACAAAACCACAAAGACACAUAAAAACUAAAAACACCCUUACACCUAGCUAGAGGCUACUAUGCCACAUUCCACGCACCCCUGCUGCGCGAGCCACACACCACAGUGCAGCCUCCUCUUUGAUUUUCUGGAUCAUCAAAACAAUGCUCGGCAAGACAAUGUAUUUAUAACAAUACAGUCCAUUUACCUGAAGCCAUGCGGACGGAAACGCUUCCGCUCCCGCCCCGUCGGAACCCACCCCUUGGCGCUACCUCUCCCGCCGACGCCUCGAUCCUUGCUCCCCACCACAGCCACACGGCGGCGCUUGCUCCAAGCCCGGCGGCCACCACUACUCUCUCCCCGGCGUCGGUGGGUUCUCCUUCGUUUCCUCUCCCUGGUGGGCGAACGUCUCUUCUGGGCGGGUCUUCUUCUUCCCCUGUUGCCGCGCUGGUGAAGGGUGGGGAGCCGCCAUCCUACAGAGACGUUCUGGUCUCUGCUCGCCCUUCCUCUGGCGCUGGUUCCUCCUCUGGUAAUGGCGCUGGGGGCGGCUAGGUGAAGGUUGUGGGCCGCAAGGGGCGUCGUCUGUCCGCUGGCCAGUGCUUUCUCUAGACGAGGUCUACGUUCGUUCAGCGGUCGGUGCCUCGGAGCCUUCAUCCCCCUGUGGAUUUGCGUGGAAGGUGCUUCAACUGCUUCGCCUCCUCUCAUCGGGCGGCGGCCUGUCGGAGUAUCGUGCGGUGCUUUAACUGCCGGCUGCCUGGGCACCGCUUUCGCGUGUGCCCGCGCCGUGCGACUGCACCUGCCCGUCCGCGGCGCGUUUCGGUGUGGAGGCCGGUUUCCAAGGGGCCCAGUGUUUCGCUGGUACCGUCGUGCCACGCCAUGGAGGUUGCUCCGCUGUCUGGUGGUUCGUCUGCUAUUGAGAAAGCGAGGAAGCGCACCCGCCGGGGUCAGAGAAAGCGGAAGAACGGCGCCGAUGCAGGUGGUGCUUCUGGCCUGCGAUCGGUAGUGCCGCCGGUGGAGUCUGCCCAUAAUGUUUGCGUCCUCAAACGGUCUGGUAGAAUUGAUCGUGCUGAGGAGGGCCUUCGUCCCGCGCUGAUUCUCACGGUUGUUGGUGAGGAGGGUCUUGGCUGCGCCUUGGAGAUCAGAGAUGCGCUGGCUUUGAAGUUUCAGCUUCAGGCAGAGUCGCUCCAUCUCCGUCGGGCUGCGCCAAACUCCUUCCUCUGUUUCUUCCCUUCGGUGGAAGUGGCUGAACAGGUUAUUCAAAAUGGGCAAUCGAUUUUCGCGCCACCUUUCCGUCUGCAUGUUAGGAGAUGGUCUCGCCAUGCUUUCGCUUCUGGUGGAGGUGCCUUGCCUGUGCUCGUCGACAUUGAAUUGCAAGGGAUUCCUGCGCACCUUUGGGAUUUGGAGACAGCAGAACUUUUGCUUGGGGCUCACGGAUUGGUUCAAGGUCUAUCCACAGUUUCUUCAGAGGGAGUGGAUUCUGCAGAUAUGACUGCUUUCAGUGUGAGUUUUUGGUGCUUCUCACCUGAGGCUUUGCCGGAUGUUCUGUUUCUCCACGCCGUUGAGCCGCGCGUUGAUGUGGAGGCCGGGUCCUGGUUUCCGCGUACCAUGGUGUUCAAGAUUGCAGUGAAGGUUAUUCGUUCUGGCGACAUGAUUGGUGCUGACCAGCCCCCUCCUUUGUUGCUGGAUUUGGGUGGGGAUGAUGGUGAUCGGGAUAAUCACAGGCGGAGGCCACAUAUGCACUAUCACCCAUCUCCUUCCGCUAGGGUCUCUGCGCUCUCUCGGCUUGGUCCGCGCGUCUCCUCGGCGGUGCCGGGUGGUGGUCCAGUCGAUGCCAUCUCUCCCCUGAUGGUCGGGGUGGAGAGGAUGGCGCCUGGGUCCACCCUGUCCUCUGGCUCGGUGAUUUCCUUCCCAGUUGAUGCCCAUUCUUUCCCGGUUUUGGCGGUUGAUGAGGUGGUUGCUCCUGGAUCUCCUGACUCCACUGCCCAGGACGUGGAAUGGGAUCCAGUUGACGCCCAUUCUCUCCCCUUGAUCUCGGUUGAUGGGAUGGUGGCUCCUGGGGUUCUUGUUGGCACUGUUGAUUGUGGGCCUGCUGUUCAGUUGGGGUCUUCGGUUCUAUCUAUGCAAGCUGCACCGCCUGGUUCUGAUAUUCAGGUGAUUGAUGUCCUUGCAGGCAGUGUGUCUGUGAAUGCUCAGUUUGGGAUUUCUGUGCAGAGAAAUAUUUGGACUGUUGAUCCCUUGAACAGAAUGUCUUCGUUGUUGCUCAGUAAGAUGAUUCAUGGCUGGACAGAUGCUUCUCCCUGCCUCAAGGUUUAUUCCAGGAGAAAGAAGCUUGUUAUAGAGCCAGUUCAGGAUGAGGAGUGUGUGCUUUCUUCACAGCUGCUGGAGUUCAAGAAUGAUGUCACUGGUCCGAUUAAUAGUUUGCUGCCUCCUCCUCGAACCACCAUUAGAAGGAGGAGGACUGUGCCUGCUAAUUUCAUUCCCAGGCGUAGCAGGAGGGUGGCCAAGUUUCCUCCAGAAUUGGGUUCUAGUUCUGCUGCCCAGGUCUGUAUACAAUUGGGUUUUUGUGAUGAGAUGGAGAACAUCUCUCUUGAAGAUGCCAACGGUUAUGCAAGGUUAUUCAAAAAUGGACUCUCUGGUAGCCAUGUUGCUGCAGUUGCUGCGCUUUUUGGAUGGCAGGUGCCUCUUGUGGGGCAGUGUUAGGGCCUGUUGCUGGUUUAUCUCAUUAGGUGGUUUUCUUUAUGUCAAUGAUAGAUCGCUGUUUUUUGUGUUGGAAUGUGAGAGGCCUUAAUGAUCGAGCAAAGAGGGAUUCUGUUAAAUCUGUGGUGGUUGACCUUAGGCCUUCAAUCAUUUGUUUGCAGGAAACCAAAUUAAGUAUCGUUUCAGAUUAUGAUAUACUCUCCAUCCUUGGGGCUGGUUUCAGUAACUUUGUUUUUAAACCAGCUCAGGGAUCUAGGGGGGGAGUGCUGAUUGCUUGGCGUGAUGGUACUUUCUCCUCGGUUGCGUCUAUUAUAAAAAAUUAUUCGAUCUUAGUUCAAUUCCAGGAUGAGUCUGGUGCUGCUUGGUGGUUUACAGGAGUGUAUGGGCCUCAUCAGGACAGUUUCAAACUUUCUUUCCUGCAAGAAUUACGAGAAAUCAGAGAUGUUUGUAUUGGACCAUGGCUUUUAUGUGGUGAUUUUAAUUUGAUUUUCAAGCCCGAGGAUAAGAAUAAUUCCAACAUCAAUAGGACUUUGAUGGGUAAUUUCAGGAGCCUAAUUAACUCCAUGGAGCUGAAAGAAAUUCCUUUGAUUGGCAGAAAAUUUACUUGGUCGAACCAGAGACAGGAUCCCACCCUUGUGAAGCUUGAUCAUGUUUUUUGCACUUCUAGUUGGGAGGAUUUUUUCCCUGAUUGUCUGCUGUAUAGCAACGCCUCUGUUUGCUCUGAUCAUUGCCCUUUAACUCUCAAAUUUCGAGAGGAUUGUAGAGGGAAGCGCAGAUUUCAUUUUGAAGGUUUCUGGCCCAAGCUCCCUGGUUUCAAUGAGGUGGUGGCUGAUUCAUGGAAUCAGCCAAUGUUGGCAACCUGCCCUUUGGAAAGGCUGUCCCAAAAGCUCAGAAGGCUUGCUAAACAGCUGCAGUCCUGGGGGCAUAGAGAGGUGGGAAAUGUGAGUAACCAGUUGGGUCUUGCUAGAGAGGUGAUGCAUAGGUUGGAAUCAGCACAGGACUUUAGAGUUUUGUCAGGAGAUGAGUUUUGGCUGAUUGGAAAGCUGAAGCAACAUUGUUUUGUUUAUGCUUCUAUGGAACGAACAAUUGCACGAUUGAGGUCCAGGAUUAAGUACCUAAAAGAGGGGGAUGCAAAUACUAAAUUCUUUCAUAUGCAGGCUCGUUUCAGGAAGAAAAGAAAUUUCAUUUCAUAUCUAGAAGAUGAAGGAAGAGUGGUCUCUAACCAUGAGGAUAUGCAGGAGGUGCUAGAUGGAUUUUUUUCCGGUCUUUUGGGUGCUGAUUUUCAGAGGCAAAGCACUAUUAAUUUGUCGAGUUGUCACAGAGAGGCCGUGGAUCUCAAGUGAUCUUGAGUGCCCCUUCUCAGAGAAAGAAGUGUUAGACACAAUUGCGUGCCUUCCGUCUGAUAAGGCUCCUGGGCCUGAUGGGUUUACAGGGAGGUUCUAUAAAUCUUGUUGGAGUAUCAUUAAGGUGGAUCUGCUGGCGGCUCUGUCUAUCAUACACCAGGGCAAUGUUCAGAGAUUGGGACAACUGAAUUCCUCCUACAUUAUUUUGAUUCCUAAAAAGAUGGAUGCUUCGUCGGCUGGUGAUUUCAGGCCAAUUAGCCUAAUUCAUAGUGUUGCUAAAUUGGUCACAAAAUUACUCGCUAAUCGUUUGGGCCCUCGUCUGCAUGAAUUGGUAGAAUCUAAUCAAAGUGCUUUUAUCAGAGGUAGAUCGAUUCAUGAUAAUUUUAUGUUGGUCCAACAAUCGAUUAAAUCCCUUCACAAGAGAAAGGUUGACAGCCUGUUUCUGAAGCUUGACAUUUCCAAGGCCUUUGACUCGGUAUCGUGGGCUUUCCUUCUUGAAGUUUUAUCUCACCUAGGUUUCGGUCCUAUUUGGCGCAAUUUGAUUUCAAAUCUGCUGGCUUCAGCUUCUACGCAAGUGUUAUUAAAUGGGUCUCCUGGAAUCCAUAUAAAGCAUCGGAGAGGUCUUCGUCAGGGAGACCCUCUCUCCCCUAUGCUGUUUGUGCUGAUCAUGGACGUGCUUAGCAGUCUAUUUAGGGCUGCUGAAUGUAGGGGAUUGCUGCAUAGUUUGGAAAGGGCAGGAGUCCGUAAUAGGCUUUCUAUCUAUGCUGAUGAUGUGGUCCUGUUUGUUAAACCUAUUGAGGAAGAUCUGAAAUGUGUUAGAUUAAUUCUGAAUUGUUUUGGGUCAGCCUCUGGAUUGGUUACCAAUAUGAAUAAGAGUUAUGCUAUUCCUAUCAGAUGUGAGGAGCAUGUGGUUCAUGAGGGCUGCAAUGUGCUGAGAUGCAGUUUGGCCUCAUUUCCUUGCUCUUACUUGGGGCUGCCAAUCUCAGACAGGAAGCUGAAGCGAAAUGAUCUUAAGAUGUGGAUAGAUAAAAUUGCAGACAGACUCCCUACCUGGAAGGCUCGUUUAUUGAACCUGGCCGGAAGGACAACCUUGGUGCGGUUUGUCUUAUCAGCCAUCCCAAUUUAUCUCCUUAUUGCCAUUAAAAUUCCCAAAUGGGUUAUUAAAUCAAUUGACAAGAUUCGAAGAGGGUUUCUUUGGAAGGGGCGAAAGGAGGUGAAUGGUGGAAGUUGUAUUGUUCCCUGGGAAAGUGUGACAAGGCCACUAAGUUGGGCACUGCAGGCUAAGUGGCUCUGGCUAGAGAAGACUGAUCCAACUCGGCCGUGGCUUGGUUUGAGUAUCCCUGUGCAGCAGCAAGUUAGACAAUUUUUUAAUGUUUCGGUGAUCUCUGUUGUUGGGAAUGGGACCAAUACUUUUUUCUGGUCAGACAGAUGGCUGAAUGGGCAGAGGAUACAAGAUUUUGCACCUGAAGUUGUUAAUAUGGUGAGCAGCAAGCCAUUUAGUUCGAGAACUGUUGCUCAGGCGUUGCAUAACUGGCAAUGGGUUCGCGAUAUCACGAAUCCUUUUAUUUUUGAUUGGUCUACAUCAGUAUUUGCAGCUGUGGGAUGCUUUAAGUGGAGUGGUGCUUAAUCAGGAGGAGGACAGACAUGUGUGGGUGCACUCGAGCUCUGGUGUUUUCUCUUCCAAAUCUUGUUAUUCGGCGUUGUUUAUGGGAGCUAUUACUUUCCAACCAUGGAAAUGGGUGUGGAAGUCGUGGGCACCCCCCAAAUGCAAAUUUUUUGUUUGGCUGGCGAUAAGGAAUAAAUGUUGGACUGCGGAUAGACUUCAGAGGAAAGGAUUACCUCACCCGGUGGUCUGUCCACUAUGUGAUCAAGAGCAGGAAACUAUCUUGCACCUCUUGUGCUCUUGCAGUUUCGCUAGACAAUUUUGGCAUGUUAUAUUUUCAGCUUUGAGGAUGGGGCAUCUUACGCCUACUAGGGAGGCGGGCUCUUUUGUGGAUUGGUGGGGCAAGGUGCAUAGGAGGGUCCCCAAACAUAUUAGAAAAGGUUUCCAUAGUCUCAUUAUCCUGGGGGCCUGGUGUUUAUGGCUGCAUCGCAAUAGGGCGGUAUUUGAUGGUGUCAACCCGUCAUUAAGCACCAUUCAGAGGCUUUUCUUGGAUGAGGUGGAGUGCUGGUGUAUGGCUGGUGCGAAGCAGCUCGAGAGUCUUGGGCUUCUGGCUGCUUUUGCUAGGGGGGCUAGGGCUUUUCCUAGUGCAUGAGGCUGCACUGUUUUAUUUUCUAUUUAUUUUUGCCUGUUAUGGCUUUGUACUUUGGUCCAUUUCGGACCUUUCUCUCUUUCAAUAUAAUGAUGCGCAGUUCUCCUGCGUGUUCGAGAAA